UUCAUUUUCGCCGUAGAGAGUGUCGGACCUUGACCCCUUUCCUUUAUCACGACCGUCAGGCUGAAAAUCCGUCAUUCCUACAACAAUCCUGCUACAGAUUAAUCAUACAGCUUUUAAAUACAACUUUUCGUAUUUGUAAAUGUUGUUUGACUCCCCAGAGCCUUAAAGAGUAAAGUACGGUGUUCGUUCGAGGUCCAAAAUGAAUACACAGUUGGAUCCAAAUAUAUCAUAUAUUGACAGAAAGAGUUGGCAUUUUGAGAACAAUUCCCAGGAAUACUUUUAUCCUCCAUACAAUACUACCUAUGUUGGAUUUUACCUCCAUCAGCCUCCUGUGGCAGCUGUUUUCAUUGUCUCCUACCUUCUUAUUUUCCUGGUGUGCAUGGUUGGGAAUGGAAUUGUUUGCUUCAUUGUGCUCAGAAGUAAACACAUGCGAACUGUCACCAAUCUCUUCAUCUUGAAUCUUGCCGUCAGUGACCUGCUAGUUGGAAUAUUUUGUAUGCCAACAACCCUGUUGGAUAAUAUCAUUACUGGAUGGCCAUUUGGAAGUCUGGUGUGCAAAAUGAGUGGGAUGGUCCAAGGAAUAUCAGUUUCUGCAUCUGUCUUUACUUUAGUUGCAAUUGCUGUUGACAGGUUUCGUUGCAUUGUUUACCCUUUCAAGCAGAAACUGACAAUUUCAACUUCAACACUGAUUAUUGUAAUUAUCUGGGUCUUGGCAAUCUCAAUCAUGUGUCCAUCUGGAGUCAUGCUGCAAGUAACUAAAGAGCAAAAUGUGAGAGUACUUUUGGGUGAAGGCAAUAAGACAAACCCAUUCUACUGGUGUAGAGAAAAUUGGCCCAAUCAAGAAAUGAGAAAAAUCUACACAACUGUUUUAUUUGCCAACAUUUACCUUGCUCCUCUUUCCCUUAUUGUGAUUAUGUAUGCCAGAAUUGGCAUUACUCUUUUUAAAACUGCAGUUCCUUUGGGUGAAAAACCAGGCCACGAAAACCGUCAAACAGGAUCGAAGAAGAAACAAAGAGUAAUCAAGAUGUUGCUCAUUGUUGCUUUGCUGUUUAUUCUGUCUUGGUUACCCUUAUGGACUUUAAUGAUGCUGAGCGACUAUGCAAAUCUUACUGAAUACCAGUACAGAGUAAUCAAUAUUUACAUCUAUCCUUUCGCACAUUGGCUUGCUUUCUUCAACAGCAGUGUUAACCCCAUCAUCUAUGGGUUCUUCAAUGAAAAUUUCCGAAGAGGAUUUCAGGCAGCUUUCAAAUUCCAGCUGUGUUCUGCCAACAUUGAACGCAGAGACACAUACUCGCACAAAGUUCAAGGAAACGCGGUGCUGCCAGCAGGCAUCCAGGUUAAUAAAGAUCCUAUCUCAAUGAACACAAACAGCAUUGACAACCACAGCUCUAAAAGGAACAACAAUCAAAAUGAGCAGGACUUGAUAAUGGAAGACCUCGAAAAGGUUAUUUACGACCUGUAAGAAGAUAAGAAGAUAUUGAAGCCACAAAUACAAGGCAGAGAUUCCUUGCCACUUGUCUUGCAGUAAAGGUCACUGCAGUACAGUGCCUGUAAAACCAGCAGCAGAUUUGAAACACAAGUGAACCCACAUAUGGUCUUACAAUAUAAUAUGCAUAGGCUGUGCCGAGUCACAUAGCUUUGGAUUAAACUAUAUUUCCGUAGAUCCACAGGGCAAUUACAGAAAAUAACUUUAAACGACUUAAAGUCAUUGUAAACGUUUUUGCUGGAUAGAUUAAAAGCUCAAAAAAUGGUGAAGAAAAUGUUGUAUUAGGGUUGCACAGCAGUUGUAAGACUUAACUUCAAGCAUUUCAAGAUUUGUGGUAUCACACAGCGAUUGGAAACAUUUGAAUAACAGCAGGUGGUGCAGUAGCAAUUGGCAUUUUGAUUUAUUUAAAUAUACAUAUUAGAUUAUAGCUGGUAUAUUUAAAAAAGCUGCUGUAUAAUUCUUUAAACAUACUGUACAUGUUUUUCAAGAGUGGUACAUCAAAGCCAAGGAAGUAACAGUGUAAUAACUUCAUUAAAAAAUCACAGCUUUACAUAUACUGUAAAUGUUGUUCCAAUGUAACCAAUGCUUGCCAAUUUGUAGACGCCUAUGAAUGUUGUUGAAAUAUCCUUUAAAAUGUUACCGCCCACAUAAAAUGUUAAAACAAUGAAGUUCCAAUAAUCGCUUGCCAGUUUGGGAUUGUGUCACAUUCUGACAAAAUUGUAUAUGAAAUAUAUUGACAUAUAUAUAUACAAUGUAAAUAUCUAAUGUUUUGGUAAUGUGGGAACAAUGCUAGAUCUGAAUGUCUGACUUGACCCUUCUGGAUUCUUCCAAUAAUAUUGUAAAAACUUUAACAAAACCACAGUAUUCCAGCAAGGACGUUACUCAUUCAUAUUUAUGAAUUAAGGAAAAAUGCUUUAAACCCCAAAUAAGAAUAAGUUAAAUAUUGUAUUACAAUACAGCACCUGCUGUUGUGCCAUACAUUUUUGCUUUUAUAACAGGUAAAACUAUUCAGCACAUUUUAUCCUGUUUGACAACGAAACCAAACCAUUGCAUGCUUUACAUGUGUCGAGAGCACAGGUUACCAACCCUGGUCCUGGACAGUCACAAUUCAGAAGAUUUUAUGGGAUGGGUCAAUCUCAUAUCCCAGUUCCAAAGCACUUAAAAGAAGUACAUUUUGACACUUUCUGCAAGAGGUGUGUUCAAUGAAGCACUGUAGUUUAGAGAUUAUUUGCUAUUAACUUAGUAAAUUGAUAAAAAUUCAAAUGUGUUUCAAGUCUUUAAAAAUUAACUGUUUAAGGGUGAUCUGUGACAUCUACUGGGUUCUGGGUCAUCCUGGUCUGAUAGAUAUAAGGUUUCAUGAUGUUACCUGAAAUUUUAGAACAAUGUAUAGAAAUAUAGUACAUCUUCUAAGGCAGCCAUGAAUUAUUUGUAAAGAUAAUUGCAAAACAUAAAUAACAAUCAUACAAUUUUAUGAGAAAAAUUACCUCAGUUUCAUGAUGCUGAGAGGCAGAACACCAACUGUUAUCUAUAAACAUAAACAUUUAUAGUAGUUCUGCAUUAUGUGUAUAUUAAGUCAAAGUUAGAUGCUGGUCAUGUUAAGCCAUUAUUAUAGAUUAUAUAUAUAGAGUUCAUCUUUGUGAUAUUGUUAACUUUAAACAGAAAAAAAACAAUUGUAUGUGUCUUACAAGAAAAAACCUUCAGGGUUGUGGUAUCUUUUUAAGAGUAAGCAGUCACUAUAAAUUAUGGGGAUAAACAGAGGCUGAACCAUUGAAACUUCUAAUUUCUACAAAAUGUAUAUAAGGUAUAAUACAAAAAUAGUACCUUACAUGCAAAAGUAAUUUACAUGUUAAGGUAAAAAUAGUGAGGUUGAAUACAUGUAGGAAAUUGUCAGAAGGCAAAAACACAAGUCAGAUAACUUCACCUUAGGUAUUACAAACACAAUACUUGCUGAAGAAAGUAUCUGCAUCCGCUUUUUGCUUUUCAGAAAUGUGCACAUUGCGUAGCAGUCAGCUUGUUUGCUGACAACUGAGGACUGAAAAAGUUUCACUGCAUUUCUGUGUAAAACUACAGGAGUACACUGGUUACCGAAUUGUUUCUUUACCCAACAUUGUAUGUUUUUAU